UUAUACGGAAAAGGUAAAAAACCCGAUUCUUAUAUUUUUGUUCAAUUAACAAUUACAGUAUAAAAAUCCUCGAUCAUCUCUCUCUCUCUCUCUCCCUCCUAGCUCGCGAACAAAGCAAACCCUAGAUCAUCAGCCUCACGGAGACGGCAGAUUCUUCCACCGACGGCGGCGGCUGUUAAUCUCAAAACUCUGGUGGAAUCAUCAACACUGCAAUGGCCGAGCAUUUAGCUUCAAUCUACGGCACCGAGAAGGACAGAGUGAACUGCCCUUUCUACAACAAGAUGGGCGCGUGCCGUCACGGUGACCGCUGCUCUCGCAUCCACAACCGUCCCGCCAUCUCCCCGACCCUCCUCCUCGCCAACAUGUACCAGAGACCCGACAUGAUCACCCCAGGCGUCGACGCCCAGGGCCAGCCCCUCGACCCGCGCAAGAUCCAAGAGCAUUUCGAGGAUUUCUUCGAGGAUCUGUUCGAGGAGCUCGGGAAGUUUGGGGAGAUUGAGAGUCUCAACAUUUGUGAUAACCUCGCUGACCACAUGAUUGGGAAUGUGUAUGUUCAGUUCAAGGAGGAGGAUCAGGCUGCUGCUGCUUUAAAGGCUUUGCAGGGUAGGUCUUACUUGGGCCGGCCCAUUAUCGGGGAGUUCUCUCCUGUGACGGAUUUUAGGGAGGCCACGUGUAGGCAGUAUGAGGAGGAGAAUUGUAGCCGUGGUGGGUAUUGUAACUUUAUGCAUGUGAAGCUUGUUUCGAGGGAGAUGAGGAGGAAGCUGUUUGGGAGGAGGUCGUACCGAAGGGGGAGUAGGAGUAGGAGUAUAAGUCCUAGGGGGAGGAGAGAGUAUGGCCGGCGUGGUGAUCGUGAUCGUGAUCCUCCUCGCAGGGAGUUUAGUCAUCGUGAGAGGGAUGGGGAGUUUUACCGGCAUGGAAGUGGGAAGAGGUCGGAGAGAGGAGGCAGGGACAGGGACGGUUCUAGGAGGAGAGAGAGAAGCCCUGGUGGUGGGAGAGAAGGAAGCGAGGAGAGGAGGGCGAGGAUUGAGCAGUGGAACAGAGAACGUGAGGAGAAGGAAGAGGGAGGAGCAUAAGAAUAAGCUGCUGCGAUGUGGUUGGUUCUGCUGUCUGCUUUUCUCUGCGUUUGCUGAAUCAUUUGGUUGUUCUAAUUUGGGAACUUGAAAUGAGAAUGGGAUUCAACUCCUUUAGAUUAUAAAAAAUGUUGGGGGUUAGUUUCUUUUAGUUUUGAUUAGUAAAACCGUUGCCCCUUGGAUAUUAAUCCUCUUCACCAGUGUUCCUCAUAACUUUGUACUAUCUUCUGUUGGUUUAAAGGAGUUUAGUUUCCUUUUUACAUUUUCUUUUCUUCAUCAACUCUUAAUUCAUGGGCUUAAAUAUCGAGUAUAUGUGAUUGUGU